UUUUCAUUUUAUAUUUGUGUUUGUUGUGCUGUUACUUAUUUUGUUUUAUUUUUCUGUCUAUUGUGUUCAUUGUAAUCAGACAGAUUGGACAUUCAAUUAUUAAGGCUUUUCUACUCUCCCUCUCAUUCUCUCUCUCUUUCUCUCUCUCUUUUUCUCAGUGAUGGAUGCGAGUGAGGUGAAUUGGACGGGGGGUGUAGAGUCUAAUCUGACGCUGCUGCCGUAUUACCUGCACUCCUCUGGGAUGGCGCUGGGCUUCAUCCUGUCAUAUCUGCUGGUUCUGCUGCUGUGUGUGGGCGGGAACGGACUGGUCUGUGUGGUGGUCCUGCGGAACAGGAACAUGCGUUCCGUCACCAACCUCUUCAUCCUCAACCUGGCCAUCAGUGACCUGCUGGUGGGCGUGGUCUGUGUGCCCACCACGCUGAUUGACAGCCUCAUAUCCGGCUGGCCUUUUAGUCAGACCACCUGCACCCUCAGCAACCUGGUCCAGGGCAUGUCCGUCUCCGCAUCCGUCUUCACACUCGUCGCCAUCGCUGUGGACAGAUAUACAGGCAUCAUGUACCCGUUCCGUCACCGACUGAGACCAAUGACGGCUCUCUUCGCCAUCUUCUUCAUCUGGCUGCUAGCGUUCGCCAUCAUCUUCCCUUCGGCCACCACGCUGACUGUCAUCCAACUGGAGGACACCUACAUGAUCCAAGACAACCAGAUGUACCCGCUGUUCGUGUGUUACGAGGACUGGCCCAAAGCCGACAUGCGACGCAUCUACACCACCGUGAUCUUCAUCCACGUCUACCUGGCACCACUGGCCCUGAUCAGCAUCAUGUACGGAUGCAUUUCCGCGAAGCUGUCGGGAAAUCUGCAGCACCACGGGGGCUCCGAGGCCCGCAGGGGGCGCUCCCGGCGCAGGGUAAAGGUCAUAAAGAUGUUGAUCAUGGUGGCAGUGUUGUUCAUGGUGUCAUGGCUGCCGCUGUGGACACUAAUGCUGCUGACGGACUACCAGGACCUGGACCAACAGCAGAUCGACUUCCUCAGCAGCUACCUGUUCCCCGUCGCUCACUGGCUAGCCUUCUUUAACAGCGGCGUCAACCCCAUCAUCUACGGGUUCUUUAACGAGAACUUCCGCCGUGGGUUCCAGUCUGUAGUUGCCUGUCACUCUUGUGACACACCAAUGAUUGAUAUGCGCUCAAGAAGGUUUAUGGUGCUGCCAUCCAACCGGGUGUCCAGCGCUAACGGAGACGCCAAGAAUCAGAAGAAAGAGCCGAGAGGACUCCCACUGCAGGCGAUCCUACUGGAGGACCUGAACAGGCUAACAGGAGUCAAACAGAUAAACAGAGCCUGGGCAGAGUGAGAACAUUUUAAGUUUUACCAAAUAUACCUAAAAUCAGUCAACAAGCUCCUACAUAUUGGGCAGCAAGUAAACAGUCAGUUCUUAAAGGUGAUGAUUGUUGUUGAAGCAGAAAAAAUGGACAUGAAGUGAAAGAAUCUGAGACAAUUUAACCAGAACCAAACUGUGAUGUUCUAGACAUUGACUGGGUCAUAAUAGUUCUUCAAAAAAAGGACAACCUCUGAACUUAAGAACUAGCAGCUACAGGGAUGUUAUGGGUGCUCAAGGCCUCCACCCAUCUUACAACUUACAGGACUUGUAAGUUAAAUGAUCUACUGUAAUGUAAGUUAAUCUUGGUGCCAGGUGGGGACACAUUCAGACUUCAUUAUAGGACAUGCAGCUGAAGUUAAUCUACACUCAAAAUUAAACCAUGCACAAAAAUCUGGAACAAUAUUUGUCCGAUUGGUGGAAAAAUUGGUGGACAGUCUUGGUUAGGGUAGACAGAAAGAUGACCAAAAGCACAUUACAUUAGCUGUGCACACAAAAAACAGGGUUGGUUUCUUGGACAGGAUGUUUUUUACGUACAGAAUGACGCACAUUUCCAGAGAUGCGAGUUUGUAAUGUAAAUGACGAGGAAUAGCUGCCAGGUCAGAGCAGAUAUAGCAGAAAUGGUGAGUGGCAUCGAGGCCUCGAGUGGCCCCAAAAACACUGCAGGAGUCUGGAAGCCCCGAGCCCCCUAGCCACCCUGCUGCCAUUUAGCCUGCCAUUCAGCCUGCCAGUCUGCCGCUGUGCCCAAGAAUGCCCCCCUGCCACCCGUCCCAAAGCACUGUUCCCUACUGCCAGAGCUCCGGACCUCUACUGCACACAACCAGAACAGAACACAAACCACCCACAAACCACACACACAUAUAUACACACACACACUAACACAUUUACACACACACACACAGCACGCCGUCCUCCCGUCACUCAGCUUAAUUCUGUAACCCGGACACAGUAUUAUAACUCACUAAACUAUAUGCUUAACAAUCACUGGCCACUUUAUUAAACACAACUACAUUGUGUUGAAUGAAAUUCACUGGCCACUUUACUGGAAACCUUUGAGCACAGAUUGAUUGGCCACUUUAUAAAAAAAAAAACUUCUUAUGCUUAAAGCUCACUGGCCACUUUAUUGGAAACACCUCUGCUUGUACAGGGAUGUAUUUGUUAAUCACGCACACGCAGGUUCCUGUACUGUGUUAAUGUAAAUACGUGUAUAAUGUAUAUUGAGUGCACUGUGUAAAGCGUUGUUAUAGUGUAUUGUUAUUUAUGUUUAUGGGUUAUGGAUUGUGACAAUGUGCAGAAAGAUGUGAAACAGGGUGAUUUAAUGUAUAAUCUGUUUGUUUUACUGUACAGAUCAUUUGGGUUUAUAUUGUCUCUCUCUCUCUGUCUGCAGUAAAAUGUUAGCAUUGCUAAUC